GAUCUGCUCUGAUUCGGAAGCUGGUAUCUUGUUCUGGACUCAAGUGGAAGGGCUCGUAGGACAUAGGACCAAUAAGGACACUAAACUGCCCACACCGGUUGAACGUCAUUGGUUGGCCUAGUGCGAAGAUUCGUAUAAGUCGUAUUCGGAUUGGUAGAUAAGUCGUGUGAUCGAAAAGUCAGACAUCCAAGGUCAUAACAAUUGGCGACGGGGAUUUUGGCAAAAACAAAAUAAUUGGGAGACGCAAGGUCAUAACAAUUGGCGACGGGGAUUUUGGCAACAAAGAAAUAAUAAUAAUACAAGUGGUGACUCAGAUUUUGGAAAUAAAUUAGCUGUAUAAUUGCCGGUGAUUUUUGGAGCUAAUAUUAUUGGCAAAAAAAAAAUGUCGAUUUCUUUCGAACAGUUGCGGUUAAUAUUACAGCACCAGCAGAAGAUGUUUGCCUUGCAACAACAGCUAUUUGUAACAGUUUUGGGCAGACUUUGCAUUCAAGCAGAAAAUAAGAAAUCUAUGUAUCAUGCAGAUAAUGGUGCAGUAAUGGACAUUUCAGAAGCAUAUCCUGUGCAGGAUUCAAAUCCCUCUAUACCAGAAGGAAAACGUAAUAUUGGUAACGUGUCCAGCUCAGAGCAAGAAAAUAUUGUGCUAAAUGCACAUGAAGUUGUGACAAUACCAGAUGAUCAGGAGCCAGAUCCUGUAGAUGAUGCCCAGAGUCCAGAAUCAAAUGAAACACUACUGGUACUGUCUAGCUGCGAAAAUAAACGUCAGCUCGAACAAAAUUGUGGUCCACGUGCUAUUAGUCGAGAAAGCUAUGGUGACUCGUAUUCAGAAAAUAACUGGAGCAACACGAUGAACCAAAUUGUACCAGAUGUUACUCAAAAUCACCGGAAGACAGAAUUUUAUAUUGAGUCAACUUAUCCCAUUUCUAAUGACAGUGUGCCAGAUAUUGAUUCUCAGAAUAAUGCAUAUGAUUUUGAUGAAACUUCUUAUAACAAUGAGGGAAAUAUGUCAGCUGAGUCGAAUGAUGGCCAAAAAUCUAAUUUAAUUCUGUUAGACGUUGACUUUCUUAAUGACUCGUUAUCUGCUAACGAGAUUCAUAAUGAAUUUGAAAAUAAUGAACUCAGAUCAAAGGUCGUUCAUCAUCAUCUAGUCAUUUUUAGUGGAUUCUCCAGUCAAUACAAGAAACAUGGUUUAAAUAAAGUCCUACUAGUUGUAAUUUGGAGCCAUAAGGACCCAACAUUAUUUCGAGGAGGAGGAGAAUGUUGAGGAAUUUAAAGUCACAUAUAAUUCUUUUUUUUUAAUAAGAAUCUAAAGUUGGAAUUUUCAAAAAAAAAGGGGGUGUUAUAUCCGAGUGGAGAUUAAGUUACAGGUAACUUCCGAGGACUAUUCAUGGACUAAUAUUCUUAUUGUAUAACUACUCAACAAUUACACUAUGUAUAUUUAUAUCCCUCUUAUGACAAGCUUUAUUUUGGCCUAUAAUUUAUUAUUGUACGAUUUACGGUUCUUAAGUUAUGUUCAGUUUAUUAACUACUGCCUCCCACAUUCACAGCCACUUUUUGGGCUUAUUUGUGUACAAAUAUUAUUUCCUAUUUUAUGGUACGUUGCGGUCUGUGUGAUUGAUAUAUAAACUAAGUAUGCUUGAAAUAAACGAUCUGCUCUGAUUCGGAAGCUGGUAUCUUGUUCUGGACUCAAGUGGAAGGGCUCGUAGGACAUAGGACCAAUAAGGACACUAAACUGCCCACACCGGUUGAACGUCAUUGGUUGGCCUAGUGCGAAGAUUCGUAUAAGUCGUAUUCGGAUUGGUAGAUAAGUCGUGUGAUCGAAAAGUCAGACAUCCAAGGUCAUAACAAUUGGCGACGGGGAUUUUGGCAAAAACAAAAUAAUUGGGAGACGCAAGGUCAUAACAAUUGGCGACGGGGAUUUUGGCAACAAAGAAAUAAUAAUAAUACAAGUGGUGACUCAGAUUUUGGAAAUAAAUUAGCUGUAUAAUUGCCGGUGAUUUUUGGAGCUAAUAUUAUUGGCAAAAAAAAAUGUCGAUUUCUUUCGAACAGUUGCGGUUAAUAUUACAGCACCAGCAGAAGAUGUUUGCCUUGCAACAACAGCUAUUUGUAACAGUUUUGGGCAGACUUUGCAUUCAAGCAGAAAAUAAGAAAUCUAUGUAUCAUGCAGAUAAUGGUGCAGUAAUGGACAUUUCAGAAGCAUAUCCUGUGCAGGAUUCAAAUCCCUCUAUACCAGAAGGAAAACGUAAUAUUGGUAACGUGUCCAGCUCAGAGCAAGAAAAUAUUGUGCUAAAUGCACAUGAAGUUGUGACAAUACCAGAUGAUCAGGAGCCAGAUCCUGUAGAUGAUGCCCAGAGUCCAGAAUCAAAUGAAACACUACUGGUACUGUCUAGCUGCGAAAAUAAACGUCAGCUCGAACAAAAUUGUGGUCCACGUGCUAUUAGUCGAGAAAGCUAUGGUGACUCGUAUUCAGAAAAUAACUGGAGCAACACGAUGAACCAAAUUGUACCAGAUGUUACUCAAAAUCACCGGAAGACAGAAUUUUAUAUUGAGUCAACUUAUCCCAUUUCUAAUGACAGUGUGCCAGAUAUUGAUUCUCAGAAUAAUGCAUAUGAUUUUGAUGAAACUUCUUAUAACAAUGAGGGAAAUAUGUCAGCUGAGUCGAAUGAUGGCCAAAAAUCUAAUUUAAUUCUGUUAGACGUUGACUUUCUUAAUGACUCGUUAUCUGCUAACGAGAUUCAUAAUGAAUUUGAAAAUAAUGAACUCAGAUCAAAGGUCGUUCAUCAUCAUCUAGUCAUUUUUAGUGGAUUCUCCAGUCAAUACAAGAAACAUGGUUUAAAUAAAGUCCUACUAGUUGUAAUUUGGAGCCAUAAGGACCCAACAUUAUUUCGAGGAGGAGGAGAAUGUUGAGGAAUUUAAAGUCACAUAUAAUUCUUUUUUUUUUAAUAAGAAUCUAAAGUUGGAAUUUUCAAAAAAAAAAAGGGGGUGUUAUAUCCGAGUGGAGAUUAAGUUACAGGUAACUUCCGAGGACUAUUCAUGGACUAAUAUUCUUAUUGUAUAACUACUCAACAAUUACACUAUGUAUAUUUAUAUCCCUCUUAUGACAAGCUUUAUUUUGGCCUAUAAUUUAUUAUUGUACGAUUUACGGUUCUUAAGUUAUGUUCAGUUUAUUAACUACUGCCUCCCACAUUCACAGCCACUUUUUGGGCUUAUUUGUGUACAAAUAUUAUUUCCUAUUUUAUGGUACGUUGCGGUCUGUGUGAUUGAUAUAUAAACUAAGUAUGCUUGAAAUAAACGAUCUGCUCU